AAAAUAAACGGCACACCACCGGCAAUAUGAAUUUCAUUGUGAUCGGCAUGCUAAUAAUGCAGGCUGCAAGAUUGGCUUGCGGGACAUGUGUUUUAGAAUCCGAUUUUGGUUUUAUACUCAAUUGUAAUUUCAAAAAAUCUGGACUCUUUCGUGUAAGAAAUUUGGGCGGCCUUAAGGCGCACUUUGGUUUAGGUUUCAGUCUGGGCGAUGAACUUGGUUUCCCUGAGUCCUUGGGCAAUGUUGAAGGAGGUCGUCGCCGUUCGAUUGGCUACAAAAAUGGACCACCACCGAAUGUUGGUGUGCUGCCGGCCAAUCAACAGCCCUCGGCACAAUCCCUUAUGGACAAACGUAUUCAAUCCCGAUCACCCAUGGUCAUAAGUCCCGAACUAAGAGAAUCGCUGCAAAAAGAAUUGGCAGCAAAACGAUCACAACAAAAACCUCUUAUGACAGAAGCCCGCCCACUACCUCUCGGCGUACCCGCUUUCAAACCCAUACCACAAAAACAACUUGCCGCAAUUCCCUUCGCCGAACGUCGUUCACAAAGUGUUGCUGUCGAUACACCCAACUCCCGAAUGAGUAUCAAUAACAAAUUGGUCGAUCAGUACACGCAACAGCUGAACAAUAAUCGCACCUUCCAUCCUCAGAAUGCAGUGAUGAUCUCGAAACCCAUGGCUGUGCCGGCGUUCCAAGCAAUGCCAAGUUCGGUAAAUAAAAUUACAGCUGUCCUAAAAACUCCCAAGCCUAGCACAGCUCCCGCCAUUGCCAAUCAUCCGAAUUACUUACAAUUCGAGGAGCCAAAAUUCGAUAUGAAAGAUAUCACCGUUGAGGAAUUGGCCAAGGCGGCCAAUGUCAGCGUGGAAACCAUUAAACAUGCCAUUUAUGUUCGGGAGCAACAGCUAAAGGCUGAACAUCGUGCUAUGUUGGCCGCUAAGCUACGUGAGGAAUUUAUGCGUACGUCCACAAGUUCUACAAGCACCACCACUACUACCACAACAACAACGACGACUACUACGCCAAGACCGCCACAGGUCAACCAUUUUGCGGAGGAGAAUAAUUUCGUUCAAUCGGAAAGUAAAAAUUCGAAGGUCAUGAACGCCCCCAAGGAAUAUUACCCAGUUGGUUAUGACAAAAACUUCGAUGAUAAUUUCAAAUCGAAGGUGGAUCUGCCGCCCACAUCUUUCUCUUGUGCCAAACAGAAACAUUUCCCUGGCCUGUAUGCCGAUACGGAUUUGGGUUGUAUGGUCUUCCACGUCUGUGCCCUUACCGAUGAUGGUAUGGUCCGCAAAUCGUUCCUCUGUCCCGAGAAUACCCUCUUCGAUCAGACCAUACUCAAAUGUAACUGGUGGUUCUAUGUCGAUUGUGCCUCAUCGAAAAGUGUCUAUGAUUCGAAUAUACCAAUUUCGAAAAGUUAUCAACUUAUGAAAUCAUUGACCUAUUUUUCGAAAUACAAUAAACAGGAUGGAGAUGAGGAGAAAGCAGAUGGCGCCACCUCAAAUCGUGCUAUAGGUGGAGGUCUGGAUAUACAAAGUCUGAAGGAUAGUAUGGAUGAAGAAAAUCGUAAAACAUCAACCACAACAGCAGCAACAACACCCAGUGCUGAUGAGGAUGGAGCUGAGUUAAGUAAAUUUGUCAAUUCACAACUGACAAUGGAAGACGAGCAGAACAAGCAACAGUCAUAA